CUCAAAUUGCAUACCGUAUCCAGAAUGUCCAAUGAUCCCUUGAAACGAUGUUUGAACGAUACAUUACACAAUACCCUGACCGGAGACGACUGGAACGAUGCGCCGCCGCCGUACACUCUAGUUUCUGGGGAUGAAUCUACGCUUACAGAGCAUGACGGCCGCGUUAGUUUUGAUGUUGAUUCAAAACUCGCCCGUACUCUCUCUAUCCUCAUCAAAAACGCCCCGGAACAGUCCCUAUCCGAUCACCAGGAGUCUGCACUCGAGACUCGCGAGCAGCCACCACCUCUCAAUAUCGUUAUUCAGAUUGUCGGUAGCCGUGGCGACGUGCAGCCAUUCAUUGCGCUUGGAAACGAACUCCAGAAAGCUGGUCACAGAGUCAGGAUAGCGACACAUGACGUCUUCCGCGAGUUUGUCACCACAUCUGGACUUGGAUUCUAUCCUAUUGGAGGUAACCCAAAUGAACUGAUGGCAUAUAUGGUGAAGAAUCCGGGACUGAUUCCCAGCAUGAAGACGAUGCAAGCAGGAGAGAUUGCCAAGAAGAGAGCAAUGAUUCGCGAGAUGCUCGAAGGUUGUUGGAGAUCAUGUAUUGCGCCGGACGAGAUCACAGGUGCUUCUUUUGUCGCCGACGCCAUCAUCGCCAAUCCUCCUAGCUUCGCCCAUAUCCACUGCGCUCAGGCCUUGUGCAUUCCAGUACACCUCAUGUUCACGAUGCCCUGGACCGCAACNAAAAGCUUUCCCCAUCCAUUGGCCAACAUCAAAGAUAACAAAGCAGAGCCUAGUAUGGUAAAUCGCCUGUCUUACGCGAUGGUUGAAUGGAUGACAUGGCAAGGACUUGCAGAUGUGGUAAACGAUUGGCGCGAAACCAUCGACUUGGAACCAGUCCCUACGACUGAGGGGGCCCUUUUGGCGUACACGCAAAACAUACCUACAACAUAUUGCUGGUCAGCCGCUCUUGUUCCCAAACCUCAGGAUUGGGACGACCACAUCGACGUUUGUGGUUUCUUCUUUCGGGACGUGCCAGAUUAUAAGCCGUCGCAGGAUCUGCAAGACUUNUUGGAUGCUGGACCAACACCAAUAUACAUCGGUUUCGGAAGCAUAGUUCUUGAGGAUCCGAAAAGAAUGUCUUCAAUCAUUGCAGAAGCUGUCAAGAAUACCGGAGUGCGCUGUAUUCUGUCCAAAGGGUGGGCUGGUUUGAGCAAUAUUACGGAUUCUCUCAACAUCUUUGAGCUUGGCGACUGUCCACAUGAUUANGAAUGGCUCUUUCAAUUCGUUUCAGCUGUUAUCCAUCACGGAGGAGCUGGUACAGCCGCGUGUGGCCUGAAGCACGGUCUGCCAACCCUAGUGUGCCCCUUCUUUGGCGACCAACCGUUCUGGGGCGAAAUGAUCUAUGCUGCUGGUGCAGGACCUAGACCAAUACACCACAUGAAUCUGACCGCCAAAAACUUGAGCGAAGCCAUCGCCUUUCUUACAACACCCGGAGCAAGACACUCCGCCUGUCGAAUAGCGCGAAGCAUGUCAGCAGAGAAUGGUGUGAGAGCUGCAGUCCAAUCUUUCCACCGCAAUCUACCUCGAGACUCCGUUCGCUGCGAUAUAGUACCUGACCUGCCCGCUGUAUGGACAUACAAAGUAUCGGCCAAACGAACCAUCAAACUAUCCAAGCUGGCUGCGGAAGUUCUUGCCGAUCGCCUCAAGAUUGAUGGCAAGAAACUGGGUAUGAACGAGAUCAGAAGUUAUCACAUCACGAAUCGGCGCUGGGACCCCAUCACAGGUGCUGCCAGUGCGGCCGUAGGCACCGUGUACAGAUCCGGAAUGGCGAUUGGUGGCGGUUUCAAGGAGAGGCGAGCUUCCAACCACGGAGAUCAGCUCUCUGUUCCUGGUACAUCAACGUCAAGAUCUCGGUCCCGCAGCAGAUCGCCUCGUCCCACCAAGAAUGGAGGAGACGACUGCGAAUCCAUAUUGUCCUACGAAGAUGGAACGGACAGCAAAUCCUUCAAGACAGCAGAUUCUACAGAGCUUGGCUCCAAGAAGCAGAUUUCUGAGGGCGGUCGCAUAGUUAGAGGCUUCGGAAAAGCAGGCAACACGAUACUCAAAGGUGGACUAAUCGACAUUCCNUUUGCCCUGGCCGAAGGUCUGCGGAACGCACCUGCCAUGUACGGCGACACACCACGCGACUUUGGCCCUGUCACUGAUUGGAAAACUGGCGGUGUUGUUGCAGGCAAAGGCCUCUUCUUUGGCAUCUAUGACGGUAUUGCCGGUCUCGUCAUCGAGCCUGUGAAGGGUGCAAAGCAAGAAGGGGCCUUGGGUGCAUUGAAGGGCUUCGGAAAAGGCUUGGGUGGCAUCUAUUGGAAACCAAAUGCUGGGCUAGCUGGUCUGCUUGGAUACACUAUGCAGGGCAUCUACAAGAGUGUGUAUAGUGCUAUACACACUGGAACAAGAAGAGGCAUUGCAGCGGCGCGAAGGGAGGAGGGUAUUUGGCUGCUUGCAAAAGCGAGAGAGGAUGGUGAACUUGAUCUGGGAGACAUUAUCAUGACCUUCGAGAAGUUGAAGAAGGGUGAUGUUCGAUGA